AUGGUAGAUUUUAUAAAGGAGUACCCUGGACUCUUCUACAUGGAUGCCGUGUGGAUCGGCUUUGUGUCCAUUGCAGGUGUCAUUGGCAACUCCCUGGCACUUUGUGCCGUGGCCACAACUCCGUCCCUUCGCACAUUAACCCAGCUUCACAUCACCAUCUUGGCGGGGAUAGAUCUCUUCAUCACGGGGGUGCUUGCUCCCUGCCGCAUCGCUACGGAGUACUACUCCGGCCGUUGGCCUCGCCACCAGCCAUGGUGUCAUUUCCUAGCUUACGUCGUCAUCUUCGUCACCGGUUACUCUCUCCAGCAGCUGAUGUACCUGUCACAGAAUCGGUUUCUACGGGUGACCAGAUCUGCCGCCUUCUUCAGGAAGAUAGUGAAGCCACUCAUCAUCAUUCAGCAGGGCUGUGCCGUGACCAUUACAAGCAUGUUAACCCUUCUCCCUCUUUAUUCGGGUUUUGGUUCUGUGGGCUACCACACCAAAUCACAUUUCUGUUUUACCACCGGUCGCAACCAGCAGGUCCUUGCGGCAAUCUGCAUGGUUAUGGCCCUUGUUGUUACACCAACAUUUUACGGUCUGACCUUCAUGCAUGUUCGAGCCCAUCGACGAAAGGUACAGAAUUGGCAAGGACUUCGUCUGGAAAGCACUGGGAACUUGAACAAUGGCUCCACGCAUACAGCAAUAUACGGAAACGCAGCAACCGUGCAUCAAAAUAAAGGCAUAAGACAACUGCAAACAAACGGGCAAAUUCACGGUAAGAUAGAUGCAAGCAAAGGCAUGGUCAGCUACCAAAUUCCUGAUGUGGAAUCUGCCAACCUCCGUACAGCAAUUGGGUCAAACAGCGCCUACGGAAAACCCAAUACGUCAACGUCAGUAAAUUCAACCGCACCGGCAGCCGAAGUAGCGGUGAACCCACCGGUACCCGUACCCAAGAACGCAGCUCGCGUUCGCCCCAAGAACGGACCGACACAGGAGAGUAUGAAAAUCACCAGGAACCUACUGUUGAUAUUCUGUGCCUACAUCUGCUGCUGGCUGCCUUGGUGUAUCCUGAGUCUGAUUGAACCCCACGUGGACGUACCCGUACCUGUUUACCACGUAAUCAAUAACAUAAUAUGGACCAACAGCUGUAUCAAUCCAUACUUGUACGCCUCUAUGAGCCGCAUCUACAGAAACGCCUUCAAAAGGUGCUGUCGACUCAAGUGCCUUCGUAAGCGAUGA